GGGCUUGGCAUACCGCAGCUUACUUAAUCCCGUAAACACACAUACACAUGAAUCAUGCUCAACGCCUCUGAGUAAAAACUUCGCGUCUUCAGGUAGACUGUCUAUUCGCUGCUGCUUAGCCACCGGGUCGUCGACGACCAAUCCACCGACAGAGAAAAUGUCAGGAAUAGCAGCGAAACUUCAACACGACAGGACCAAGGCGGAGGGUUUCGGUUCGAACAGCCGGGCGGUGAAGUACCUGGGACAGGACUACGAGACGCUGAAACGGUUGUGCCUGGAAAAGGAGACGCUCUUCAAGGACGACCUGUUUGACGCCACCGUGUCCUCGCUGGGUUUCGACGAGCUCGGACCAGACUCGUAUAAAGUGGAUGGCAUCGAGUGGAAGAGACCCGCGGAGUUGACCGCCAGCCCACAGUUUAUUAUUGAAGGCGCUACAAGAACAGACAUCUGUCAAGGAGCCCUUGGCGACUGCUGGCUGCUGGCUGCUAUCGCCUCUCUGACUCUGAAUAAAGAGAUUCUGAGUCGAGUGGUGCCGCAUGGCCAGGGCUUUGACCACAGCUACGCUGGAAUAUUCCACUUCCAGAUCUGGCAGUUCGGUGAGUGGGUGGAUGUUGUCGUCGACGACCGGUUACCAGUGAGGGACGGGAAACUGCUGUUUGUGCACUCAGCCGAGGGCUCCGAGUUCUGGAGCGCCCUACUGGAGAAGGCCUACGCCAAGUUGAAUGGCUGUUAUGAGGCCCUGUCUGGCGGCUCCACCACCGAGGGCUUUGAGGACUUCACGGGGGGCAUCGCGGAGCGCUACAAACUCAGCACCCCCCACCCCGACCUCUUCAAGAUCAUCCAGAAGGCCCUGAGCACAGGAUCACUGCUGGGCUGCUCCAUCGACACAACUGGCGAUGAAGCCCCCGAGACAGUGACAUCACAGCAACUGGUGAAAGGACACGCCUACUCAAUGACAGGAGCUGAGGAGGUUGAGCACUGUGGUGAGAUCAUCAGACUGAUUCAUGUGAGGAACCCCUGGGGCCAGAUUGAGUGGACUGGCCCCUGGAGCGACAGAGGUUCACAGUGGCAGCAGAUCAGUGAUGAGGACCGAGGGAGACUCAGACACAAGUCGGAGGAUGGAGAGUUCUGGAUGGCCUUCUCAGACUUCCUGCAGCAUUUCUCCGUGGUGGAGGUCUGCAGCCUCACCCCCGACGCCCUGACGGGGGGCCGCUACAGGAAGUGGGUCCUCAGCACGUUCGACGGCAACUGGAGGAGGGGCUCCACUGCUGGAGGGUGCAGGAACUUCCCCAACACAUUCUGGAUGAACCCUCAGUUUGUGCUCCAUCUGGAGGAUGACGGAGAGGAAGGCUGCUGCUUCCUGGUGGGAGUGCUUCAGAAGAACCGCCGGACACAGAGGAAGAUGGGAGAAGGCAUGCACACCGUAGGGUUCGCCAUCUAUGAGGUCCCCAAAGAGUUUGUAGGCCAGAGAAACGUCCACCUGGACCGGAGGUUCUUCCUCCGUAACGCCCAGAAGGCGCGGUCCGAGACCUUCAUCGACCUGCGGGAGGUGGUCACCCGCUUCUCCCUGCCGCCCGGCGAGUACCUGCUGGUGCCCUCCACCUACCAGCCCGACAAACACGGAGACUUCUUCGUCCGCGUCUUCUCCGAGAAGCAGACCGACUUCCAGGAGCUGGAUGACCCUAUAGAGUUCAGAGUGGAGGAGGAGGAGAUCUCGGAGGACGAGGUUGACGGCAAGUUCAAACAGCACUUCAGGCAGCUAGCGGGAGAGGACUCUGAGAUAUCAGCCCACGAACUGAAGAAUAUUCUCAACAAAGUAGUGACCAAACACAAGGACAUUAAGACGGACGGCUUUGGCCUGGAAACAUGCCGCAACAUGAUCAACCUCUUGGACAAAGAUGGCAGCGGACGACUCGGCCUGGUGGAGUUUAAAACCCUCUGGUCCAAGAUUGAGAAAUACCUGGUGAUUUACCGCAAGCGAGAUGAGGACAAAUCUGGCACCAUGAGCUCCACUGAGAUGAGAGCAGCUGUACAGGAGGCCGGGUUCUCCCUGAAUAACCCUCUGCACCAGGUCCUUGUGACGCGGUACAGUGACCCAGACCUCUCCAUCGACUUUGACCAGUUUGUGAGCUGCCUGGUGCGCCUGGAAUCCAUGUUCAAUAUUUUUAAAUAUCUGGACAAGGAUGAUUCAGGAAAGGUGGAGUUCACUCUAUUUCAGUGGCUGCUUGUGGCACUACUGUGAAUGCUAAACUGGAAUGUGGUGACGUUUCCACAGCAACAGGACGGUGAUCCCAUACCACUACCAAUGACUGCCUUUCAGACACUAAGAUCACUACUACUGUGCCUACUUACAAUACUUACAGUUUAGUUAGAGAACAUCACAUACCUAGAAUUACAGUAUCUCUCUAACACAGAAAUACAGUAUGGCCUCCUGCACAUCCGAAAUGUCCUCUUAUAUCAGAAAUACCGUAUUGCUUUUGAGGUAAAUCAUACACUUUAUGGAUAUUCGGAUUUAUGCCCUGUAAUACUUUGCUUGUGGGGCCAUGACCAACAUUCUGGGGAACGUUGACUAUAAUUCUGGAAAGCAGUAAGGCAUCAUUCACUGUGCAUAUACUAAUACAGUUUAGUUAUGAAUAACAUAAUAAUGUAUAGUAUAAUAAUAAUAAUAAAUAUAUACAAAUACAGUUUAGUUAUACAGCACGCUAGUCUUGCCUACAAAGUUACCAUGAGCCUUAAUACUUCUGAGUUUGUUGUAUCCUUGGUCUUAAAAGCCCAGAGAAUUGGUAUUUUUUUUGCUACUGAGCUCCCUCUAAAGUUGUGGAGUGUAGCUCACUUUUACACCACUGUCGUGAAUAGAAAUCACACUUUUGAAACCCUAAUGGACAGUGAACACGUGUAUUUGUUGACAAGCUGAAGGGUAUGGAACCAGCAAAGACAACGGCAGAAGCCAAAGAACCAAGUAGACAAGGGUAGAGUAAUAUCCCAAGACUUUACACAAAUAUGACUCCAUAGUUUAAUUUAGUGUGACAUCGGAGAUGAGCGCUAACAUAACCAGAGAAUAGCACUAAAGGAAUGACAAUUUCUAAUUUUACUGACAUACUGCUCACGUUUUCAGCCUAUAUACAUUGUUUUCUAGGCGUAUUGAAUGUGGAGUAUGUGUAAUC